UGCAAGCAGUGCAGGUCAACACGGAGUACGCGAAAAGGCCUAUAAAUGAACCUAGCAAGAGCAAGUUUCCAAUGUCCAUCAGCUCAUCUUCUUCUCUUAUUUGCCAGAUCGAGGCCGGCUGCAUUCCGAUCAGUGAUCGCCAUGGCUUCCUCCUCGCCGCUUCCUCUGUUGCUCAUCCUCCUUCUAGCCUCAUCAUCAUGGCCAGCCCUUCACGUCGCGGCGGACGCUGCCGGCGAUGAUCUCAAGCACAUCCGCGUGUACAUGCACGAGACCUUCGCCGGCCCGAACGCCACGUUCGCCAUCGCGGUGCCGUCCCCGCUCGGCGACGCCGCGUUCGGGUCCUUCGGGAUGGUGGAAGUCAUCGACGACGAGCUGCGGGACGGGCCGGACCGGGCCAGCGCGGCCCUCGUGGGCCGGUUCCAGGGCCUGUUGGCCGGGACCGGGCUGGUGGCCCCGCCGGCCCUUCAGUCCGCGAUCAACCUCGUGUUCACGGCCGGCGAUUGCAGCGGGAGCACGCUGGCCAUGCUGGGCCCCGUGCUGGACUUCGGGGCCCCCAUCGAGCGCGCCGUGGUGGGCGGCACCGGGGCUUUCAGGAUGGCCCGCGGGUACUGCGUCAUGACGUCGCUGGGGAACCCCACGCCGGAGUCCGUCGUCUACCAGGUCGACCUGUACCUGCAGAUGCAUCAGCGCCAGCAUCGUGGCUGAACGAUCGUCUCUCUGUUCCACGGGUGUCCGUGUGAGUUGUGUGCAUGUUGUUCCCAAAGCGUUUGCUGCAAAAACGAAAAAAAAAUGCGUAUAGAAUUUGACAGGCCACGGCCCAGCACGAUCAGCCUCUCCGUUUAGCGAAGCCCGCCUUGGACGAUUCAGUUGCUUGGCCAGUUUGGCCCAUGCAUUGCGCUCGUAGUUUGCGGGCCGUCCGCUGUCCGUUCCUCUUUGCAAUGGAAAAGCGGUGCAGGCUUGGGCCUGAUCUGUUCAAAAGAACAGACUUGGGCCCGAUUUGAAAUGUCAGAAAUGUACAAAGGGAAAACCCAUCAACGAUCGAUCAAUGGGUAUUUCCGUCGAUGUAUGCAUGCGCAAGCUGCACCUUCUGGAAACCCAAGUGGCAAAUUAAGAGAGCUGAUCGCUACCUGUUAAUUCAA